CACUUGAAGAAUCGGAAAGUGACAUUUAUGUGCGAUUCAUGAGGUCACACAAGUGCUACGACAUUGUUCCAACUAGCUCUAAGCUUGUUGUUUUCGACACUACGUUACAAGUAAAGAAAGCCUUUUUUGCCUUGGUGGCAAAUGGUGUUAGAGCAGCUCCACUAUGGGAGAGUAAAAAACAGAGUUUUGUAGGGAUGUUAACAAUUACAGAUUUCAUUAACAUACUGCAUAGAUACUAUAAGUCUCCAAUGGUUCAGAUCUAUGAACUGGAGGAGCACAAAAUAGAAACCUGGAGGGAGCUUUAUUUACAAGAGACAUUUAAACCUUUAGUGAACAUCUCCCCAGAUGCAAGCCUUUUUGAUGCUGUAUAUUCACUGAUCAAAAACAAAAUCCACAGAUUGCCGGUUAUAGAUCCUGUCAGUGGGAAUGCACUUUAUAUACUUACCCAUAAAAGAAUUCUCAAGUUCCUCCAGCUUUUUAUGUCAGAGAUGCCAAAGCCUGCCUUUAUGAAGAAGAAUUUGGAUGAACUUGGGAUAGGAACUUACCACAACAUUGCCUUCAUACAUCCAGACACUCCUAUCAUUAAAGCCUUGAAUAUAUUUGUAGAAAGAAGGAUAUCGGCAUUACCUGUUGUGGAUGAGUCAGGAAAAGUUGUAGAUAUUUAUUCCAAAUUUGAUGUAAUAAAUCUUGCUGCUGAAAAAACAUAUAAUAACCUAGAUAUCACAGUGACACAAGCCCUACAACACCGGUCCCAGUAUUUUGAAGGUGUUGUAAAGUGUAGUAUGCUGGAAACACUGGAGACCAUUGUGGAUAGAAUAGUGAAGGCUGAGGUGCAUCGCUUGGUGGUAGUGAAUGAGGCGGACAGCAUCGUGGGUAUCAUCUCCCUCUCCGAUAUUCUACAAGCUUUGGUACUCACGCCAGCAGGUGCCAAACAAAAGGAGAACGAAAGUGAAUGACUGCUGUGAAUGUGUAAACGUUGUAGGAGAACUUGAAGAAAACCUUCUGGGUCAAGUUUGUCUCAAGAACAGUGACUGCAAUAGACGGAGCAGAGUGGCUGAGAAUGUGUAUUGGGACUUAGUGACGGAUGAUGAGUCUAUUCCCCCCAGUGAUGUCGCAAAAAAAAGCAGCAUGACAAAAGCUUAUGUUAAAAUGUAGGCUUGUAUUUCCAAACGUCUUCGAAACAUUUGCUGGAAGACUUCACACGAUGUCCUUCAUUAAAAUGCACUGUAUUCCGAAACUUUUUUCAUUUUGUAUUUGACAGAAGUCACUGGUCAGCAAUGGAUAUAUGUGACAUAAGGCAAGUGUAUGGCAUAUUCAUAUCAUAGUGCCUUAUGUCAAAAUACAGCAAUAUGUCAUCACUGUUGCCCAUCACUGUCAAAGGAAGUGUUGUGCUAAACGAGACACUGUAUUUGAAUGUGAAAGUCUUUAAACCUAAAACCAAAUCAGUUUCAGUUCUCAUUAGAUUUGUCAUGAAAGCUGUAAUUUGAAUAUUGGUAGACUUUAAAACUUUGACAGUUUUGUGUUAAAUGUUGCAUUCUGAAUGGAGAUGUAAAACGAGACUGAUUUUAAAGAACAGCUUUAUUUAUUUUUACUUUCUUGACAAUUUUUUACACAUCUUUGGUGGAUAGCUAAAAUUUCACCAUAUCCAUUAAUAAACUGUUGAUUGUUAUACAACCAAGUGCUAGAUUUUUCUCAUUAUUUAAACCAUUGGAGCUGCAGGAGCUGUGGCCUCUUGCUCAGUCCAUAUUACUUAAGCUGAAGAUUCCAGACGCGUGCAUCAAAAGUGCUCUGUGCUCUAACACACAGGUACCAUGGAGGAAAUCAAGUGCCAGAGAACAAAGCUUUCCUCUGUAGCAAAGCACAGAACGAUGUUUGUAAGCCUAAAAUGAACCUUUUUAUUGUAUAUGAUUUGUACAGAAGUGGAGGAGUGAGGGAAAGCUGUGGGUUUUUCCGCUAAUGUAAAUGCGCUGUAAAGUUUGAAGCCAAGAAUUUUUUUUAUAUAAUUGUAGAUUCUUGUAGAUGGAUGAAUUAAACCCUACAACAUCA